AUGAUGUACAACAAAAUAAGAUAUUCCAAUGUGUCCAAGAUUUUUUUAGGAGUUUUAGGAAGCUAUUAUUUUAUUAAGAAUAAUAACAAUAAGAAGAGUAUUAAAAAAAAAAAGAAUGAUUUUAGUACUAGUAAAAAAAUAUAUUAUUUGAAUUAUUUUAAUAAUAUACAUUUUUGUGAAAAUAAAAAUGAAAAAGUAUACUUGUUUGGUGAUAAGCGUUGUUUAAUCAAAGAGACAAAUGAAGAUGGAGAAUGCCCUUUUUUUGAAAGAAAUAAAAUUAAAGUAAAAAAAAUAUCUUUUGGUAAUUGUAUAGCUAGCUGUAUAACAGAAAAUGAUGAAGUUUAUAUUUGGGGUUCGUAUGAAAAAGGAAUAGAUGAAGAAAAUAAAGAAUUAAUUUAUAUUGAUCCAUUUAAACUAAAUAGCACUGAAUGUAUUAUUGAUAUCCAAUUUUCAAAUAAGGAUAUAUAUCUUAUGACUAAAAAAGGAGAAUUAAAAAUUAUAAGAAAUUAUAAGAAAUGUUUAAAAGAUAAAGAAUUUAUAAUUGAAAAUUUUUAUAAAGGUACAUAUAACUUUUUCUUUUUUAAAAAUGAAAAGAUAAUAAAAAUGAGUGUAAAUAAAUAUCAUUUAGCAUUUAUUACAAAUAAAGGAAAUGUCUAUUGUUCAGGUAAUAAUUUUUAUGGUCAAUGUGGAAAAGAACCUUCUUUAAAAAAUAAUUUAAAUUUAAAUUAUAAUUUUGAAUUCGCAAAUAAUAUAAACACCUAUGGUACAUUUAAUUCAGUAAAUAAUCAAGAUAAAGGUUAUAUACAUGAUGGGGAUUAUUAUUCUCCUGAUUAUUUACCAAUGAUAAGAGAUUAUGAAUUUAAUAAAUUGAUAGAAAAUGAAAAAGAAGAAAACAAAAAUGAAUAUUCCAUAAGUGUAUAUGGAAUUAAUAAAAAUGAAAAGGUGAAAAGAAUAAAAAAUAAUAUAUUAUUAAAUAAUAAUGAUGAAGAUAUAGAUAAUACUUUUGAUGAGAUUUCUUCUGAUAAUGAUAAUAUUAAUAUGGAUGUUAAGAAAAAUGGAAAGGUACACACAGACACAGACACAGACCCACCCACACAAAAUAAAGUAAAUAUAAAUUAUUUAAAUAAUUCUUUAGAUUCCUAUGAUCAUUUUGUUUAUUCACCCGAUGAUAUUAUAAACAACCAUGUUGAUAUGAACAAAGUAGAAUUUAAGGAGAAAACACGAAUUAUUGAUAUAUCUUGUGGUUUAAAUCACACCUUAUGUUUAGAUGAUAAAAAUAAUGUAUAUAGUUUUGGAGAUGAUAGUAAGAUCCAAUUAGGGUUAGGAGAAAGUCGAACAAAUAAAAAUUCGUUAGCUGGAACAAAAUGGAAAGAUCAAAUAAAACUUGGAUAUACAUCUGCAACAAAAAAUGCAACAAAUUAUUCUUUUUAUGAUAGACAUAUACAAAGUAGUCCACAAAAAAUUAUGAAGAAAAUUAAUGAUAACGAAAUAAUAAAUGAUAUAUAUAAAAUUAAUGCUGGUUCAAAUUUCUCUAUGAUCUUUUCAAAUGAUAAAUUUGGAAAACAAUUAUUUUGUUUUGGUGAUAAUAUAUAUUUCCAAUGUGGUAGACAUUUAGGAAAACAUCAACAAACAUUAUCAACUGUUAAAUUACCAAAUAAUAAAAUAAAUGAUUUUACAUGUGGUGAUACACACUGUUUAUUAAAUUUAAAUAAUCAAGUAUAUGGAUGGGGAUAUAAUGAUAAUAAUCAAAUUUCUCCAUAUAAAAAUAAAGGAAUCAUAAAUAUACCAGUCAAUAUUUUGGCUGACUUAAAAAAAAAAAAAAAUCAUUUUGAUAUAAAAUAUAUUAAUGCUAAAUAUAACAAUUCGGUAAUUAUAAUUUCAUAUGCAUGA